AUGCAGAGCGGGUUUGAGCCGCUGGCCGCAGAGGUGAAGCCCUUGCUGCUGCAUGAAUCGGUGGAGCUGCUGAUGCAGGUUGGAGGACCUGCCGCGCUGUAUGUGGACGGAUCCUUUGGCCAGGGAGGGCACUCGGCGGAGAUCUUGCGGCACCUGGCGCCGGAGGGGCGCCUCGUGGCGCUGGACGUGAACCAAAAGGCCGAGGCGGCGCGGUCCCUUUCAGACGCACGGCUGCGCUUUGUCCAGCGGUCCUGCCGGGACUUGUGCCAGCUCUUCGGGGAAGAGGAGCCGGCUGGCGUCCUGCUGGACCUGAGCGUCCAGCUCAGCGCGCAAGAGGAGCGCGCCAAAGGGCUGAGCUUUCAGGCGGACGCGUUGGACGGGCGCCUCACGCCCUGGGCGCGGCGGGCGGACGAGUGGCUAAAGCAGGUCACAGCAGCAGAACUGGCCUGGGUGCUGCAGGAGUACGGAGAGCAGAGCUCGCUGCUCGCUUGGCGCCUAGCGGAAGCGAUUCUGCACCGCCAGGCCGAAAAGGGGUCAGCUUUGACAUCCGCAGACCUGGCGGAGGUCUGCCGCGCGGUGAAGAUCGUGGACGACCGGGGGCUGCACCCGGCCAAACAGGUCUUCCAGGCAAUCCGUGUGCACCUCAAUGAGGAGAUCCGCGAGCUCCGCGCCGCCCUGUGCAGCGCCUUGAAAUCGCUGCGCUGCAAGGGCCGCCUCGUGGUGAUCACUCUUCGGCGCCAGGAGGCCUCCGAGGUGAAGCGCUUUCUGCGGGAGCACGAGGCCCCGGACCUGCGCUUUGCGGCCUUUGUGACGCCCAGGCGCUUGGUGGAGCUUUGGCCCCUCGCGAGCACGGACUUGCCUUACGCCUGCCGCCAACUCUGCGAGCCCAUUCGAGCUUCCGCCCACGAGGUGGCUCGGAAUCCCAGGGCCAAAGUCGCCCUCUUGCACGUGCCCGGGCCUUGGCACGCUGCAGAAGGAAGCCCGGCCGCUCGAGCCGUGCAAGAAGCUGGGGCUGAUUGGGCUUCAGCCGCGCCCCAUGGAGUCCCAGUUCAGGACACCGUCACCAGCACCUUUGGGUCCGACAACCGGGAGGCGGCCUGA